UGCUUUUAAACUCAAUUUAACUUUUAGACCUGUUCGAAAUUGUACAAAAUUCAGAGAAUAUUUUGUGGGGCAUUAUGGCCGAUCUGCAUGAGAUUAUAGUGACCUUUAUAGUCAUUAUAUAUCAGCUACUGCGCGAAAUCCGCCUAAUGAGCCCCAUCAAACGUGAGGCCUUGUUGCUUGUCCUGCACAAUUUUUGGCUAUACUACAUAAUAAAUCGGUUCAAGCAGCUGGCCCAAGCCUCCAUUAAUGCAACUGGGCCGGUAAACACAUUUUAUUAUGUGCCCUUUGUGUAUGAGGCGCCUGCCUCGCCGCUGGAAAUGGACGAGCCACUGCAUGCUGUGCUGGAGAGUGCGACCUGGACGUUCUUUGAGACACUGUUCAGGCAUCACUUGGCGCUGCUGUUGCCCUUUGUGCUGGCCCUGCUGGUACCGCGCUGCAAGUUGGUCUGCGUCAGCAGCUUGGUGAUUCUGUCGAAUCUGACGCUGCUGCUCUGCUUCAUCUACUCCAUGGCACAGUGGCUAAGCCUAAGCGGCGCCCGCUUUAGCUUCCAGCUGCUGGCGAUUAUAGUGCUAGGUCCUGUGUUGCAGCUGCUGCUCAUGAGUCGCUUCGCAACGCGCAUGCUGCUUAACUCUUGGAUUGUAGUUUGAACCAUGAAAUUGACUGCAGCGGAAUUGGCUGAAACCUUUUGGCAAACCAAUGGCAGCAAAUGGCUCCAAAGUUUGUCAACAAAUCAAACCAAUAAACCAACAACAAACUGAGCAACUUGGCAGCCACUUGCCACUGCCACAUACCAGCACCAGCACCAGCACCAGCAACAGUAGCAGUGGCAGCAAACACUUUCGCUGCACAGCAACUGCCAAACUGCAGGCAUUUAUGACAGCUUCGCCCAGUUGCUGAAGUGUGCGGGGCAGCGGGGGAGUGUGCAGUGCAGGUUGAGUAAAUCGCAUAACGAAAUUGUUGAACAAAUAUUGAGGUCAGCAAAAUUUUGUGAGACGUUGAUUGCGGGCGCCUCCUUUGUUGUUGCUGUGUAAACUGUUUUGCAGCCUUUGGCAUAAACUUCUGACACGCUCAGCAUGCUCAGCAACACAUAUGCAACUCACACACACACACACAAGCUCACACAUUCACUCACUAUAGCUUUCAAUGAUGAUGCAAAAAUAUUCAAUGAAAAUAGUCAGUCGACAGUCAGUCGUCCACAGUCCGUAGUCCGCAGUCCGAAGUCCGCACAGUUCUUUUCUCUUUUGUCAAUA